AUGAAGGACGGCGGUACCUUAUAUAUCGAUGGGAAAACGACUUCAAACCCCAACUUGGUUUCAUGGCAAUCUUGCAUCUUUAUCCAACUCGCGGUCCUGUCUGUUAUCAGCCUGGGGUGUGACCUUAAGUGGCACUUGGCCACCCACCCCACCUUUGGUCAAAGCUGUUCACUCAACUAUUCUAGCACUGAUACAAUAUCACAACCACACUUUACAGCAUCAUGCUUCCCACGACUAGAAUACGAGGAUUACCAAGAACAUCAUCGCCAAGCAGUCUCCGGGCCCAUUAUUCCCCGCCCCCGCAUUGCCAACGGCAAUCACUUCAAAGUCGCACAUUAUGGGGAUGUUCACGUCAGAGAUACGACCAGAGACACGAUUUCGACAGAGAUAGAUGGAGUAAGCUUGAAAAGCUCCAUCGAUAUCACUACCCCCCAAAGCCACGCCCCAGAGCUGCUGAACGUCCUCGCCACGCCGAUCCGGGGGUUCCCAGAGUUCCAUGAUGAAAAAGCACAUGUGCAUGACUACUCGGAAGCUCAAAAGACUCGCCCCCAGGAGAGACUAGAGCGGGUUAGGAAGGACAUAGAUGCGGAUCCGUAUGGGGCUAUAUUUGGACGGAGACUGCAGCCGUUUGGAUUAGGUGUUAAGCUCGAGAACACCUUCACGGCAUUAUGUCGGUCUUUUCUAGGUCUGGAUAAAGCCCCGAAUGCCACUGACAUCGCAACGGCGGGUACGAAGCCGCAUUUUUACGAUGCUCCAAGCCCUAAGUCACAACGGCCAGAAAACGGACAGAGUAGUCCGGCUCAAGCUCCUCAGAGUAUAAAGGAACUUACGUUUGAGUUUGAUCCUAUCAGUGGCCGUAUGGUCCCCAAAACGUCAAACCCUUUGGACGAAUCAGAGCAGAUAGGAACCAAAAGUGUGUACCCGUCAGAGGCACAAGAAUGCGACGCUGAGUCUGAACGGCUUGGAUUCCUGUCACCAGUCGACCAAAAGGUCACUUUAUCAUCUCCUAUGGAUGUUUUAAAACCUGGGGAGCCUGUGGUCCCUGAAUCUCUAGGGAAAAACGAGGGUGAGCCAGCAAAUAUAAUUAUGUCACAGGACGAAUUUUCGGUUCCUGUGACAAAAUCCCAGGCCAAUUCCGCUACUUCACUCGACCAAAAGAAAUCUUCAUCCGGGGCAAUUCAACUUGGGCCACCCAGGGCCGAAGAUGAGGAGAAAACGGCCGAGAAGUCGACAGAUAUGGAUGAAUCGAAUAUACUCAGACGUGGAAAAACGUUUGAUCGGGGUCAAUACCUCGAAUCCGGUGGUGAAACUGUGCCUGAAAAGCUAGUAGGGGAACACCAGGAUCUAAAUGAAGACUUUGAAAGAUCAGGAUUUCUUUCCAGACGAGAGAAUGCUCCUUCUAAGUAUCACGCGAGGGAAGAUUCUGUGCAAGAAAGAAAAGACGAUGAUCUAGACUCAUUACAAGCGAGCGAUAUCCGAGCUGCUUACGAGUCGAUGCGGUUGAGCCACCAGUCUGAGGCGAAAGAAGAGAAUCCGAGGGUUCUAAUCGAUUCCUCCGACCUGAGUACAGCUCCAACAAACGACACUAUCAAUCAAAGCAAAAGUGGCGAAGAAGGGGGCAGAUUAGAUGUAUCUUCGGAGCCUUCAUCUAUCACCGCAAACCAGUUGCGUGGAGGACUCGGUUUAGGAGACACCAUCCAAUCGCUGCCUCAGGAGGAAACAUCAACAAUUCAUUCCAGCAUUGUGGAUGCACCGACCUCAACUGAAGUAUAUCGAGUUUUUGCGUACGAUCCAUCCUCACUCCAAGUGACAGAGGCAGAAACUAGCUCCUCCCGUCAACUAAAAAAGGAUAUUUUACAUCCAACUGAAGUACUUUCUAGCCUCAAUAACCCUGCGAAGUUCCUACCUUGCCUUGACAGAAUGCAUGUAGGUGGAUACGAGAUUGUAUCUGGUGGUGGAGAUAUUCUUGUUUUUAAAAAAGCCCUGCGAUCUGGAAGCCAGGACGUGGACCGUUCCCAGACAAGGACAUCUAGCCAGGAAGAGUUCAUGGGAGAUGAGCCUACAACUCACGCGGCAUCACACCAGCAUAACGGUUUAGGGCUUGGAAUGCCCGCUGAUCGCCCAUCGUCUAACCAUAGUCCCUGUGACAAUACUUCUCCGAAAUCAGGGCCCAGUGAACUACUGCGGAAAAUGCUAGUUGGUAGUACCGCUACAGCAGCCACGGUCUAUGCGAUCAGUAUUGUCGCUGAAUACUUCCGUACUGGUGGCGAAGAUGGAAGAGGAAUAGAUGGGUUUACCGAGUUCGAGUCUGAACGGCGCCACAGGUAGAGUGCAUGGAGCUCCAUGGGAUAUCUGCGCCUAUGUAAAAUAAAACGAAUCUCAGCUUCUUUUUGGCUUUAAAUCUUUUGGAAUUCAAUUGGC